AUCUUAGAAUUGUUUUGUUAAUAAAAAAAAUAUUAUUAUUGUUUCUUUAAAAAAUUGUUCUGCUUCCAAAGUAUUGAUAAGUAUUGAGGAAGAUGGCAGUUUACAGGUGGCUGUAUAGGCAGAGAAAAAAUAAAAUUUGUCUGAAUUACGUUAAACGAUCGACUUUUUAUGUGCAAUUAUCAUUUCUCUCUUCUAGGUGCUACAAAAAUCGUUUCCUUUUUUCACAGGAAUGCUCUCGCCUCUGAUAUUUCUUUGAAAAAGCUCAUUCUUUCAUUCUUUCAUUAUUUCCUUGUUCUCAAUUAAGAGGGUCUUAGGUACGCGCGAUUAAUGAUUGAUCGAAUAAGAAUUCAAUUUUUGAGAAACAAUGGGUUCACCCUAAAAAAUAAUUGAAUUAAAAAUUUUACACCAAUGGCCACUUAAUUAUAAAAAAAUCGAAUAAAAAAGACGUUUAACUUUUGAAUGUGAGUAUACUCGCGAUGUUGCUUCAUGUGCUUCAUCCAGAGUUUCAUAACCUUAAUUAUUGAUUAAAUUUUUCCCAAUCAGUGACAAUCGUGAUACAAUUUUUUUACAAUAAUCACUCACAAUUAGGACUACUGAUGUGGAGUCCAAUUGUUUGCAUUUUGAACCGUGGUACUUCGUUUCGAUCUCGACAAGGUCUGUGUUCAUUGACACAAAUAAUAGAGAUCGACUCGAGAUUCUACAGUUUCAAUUCUCGGAGUCAUAUUCAAGAGCUUCCUGGGGAACAACCUGACAAACUGAAAGGUGCAAAGUGGAAAAUCAUGGAAAAUUUUGAUUGGUUGCGUGAAGUUGCUCCGGCUUUUCCAGUAGACGGUGAUAAGGUUACCAUAAUUCAUGAGCCAUCAGUAUUUUAUACGACAUUAGUCGAGAGAUGUAAAAACGCUGAGAGGAGAAUAUCCUUGGCAUCACUUUAUUUGGGUGCCCAGCAAUUGGAAGAGGACUUGGUGAAAUCUAUAAGGACUUCGAUAGACGCCACGAAUGGAAAUAUUAAAAUUAAUAUCCUCUUGGAUUACAUGAGAGGAUCUCGGGGGAAAAUCAACUCCCGAAAAAUGCUACUUCCUCUGCUCGAUGGGACCACUAGUGAAAAUUGUAAUUUAUUUUUCUAUCACACCCCUCAACUCCGUGGAAUAUCAAAAGCAAUUAUUCCUCAGCGAUACAACGAAUUGAUUGGUCUCCAACAUAUGAAAAUCUACAUUUGUGAUGAUUCCCUCAUUAUCAGUGGGGCCAAUCUCAGUAACGAUUAUUUCACGAAUCGUCAGGAUCGUUACUUCUUGAUUGAAGACUGCAAAGAACUUUGCGAUUUUUACGACGAAUUAAUUCAGAGAGUUUCCGCAUUUAGUUUUCGUCUGACUCCCGGGGAUAUCAUGUCCUACAGCUCUGAAUCACUCCAUCAUCCUCUGAGAGGUUCAGUACGGACAUUCAAGGAAACCGUACGAGAAAAAAUUCAGUCAUUAAGUUUAAAAGCUAUGGGAGAAUUUAAUUCUUUGAAACCCGUAGAUUCCGAUACUUGGAUAUUUCCAUUGAUCCAGAUGGGGACAUUCAAUAUCCACCAGGAUAGUGAAGUAACAUUAAAUCUUCUGAAAACAGCCCCUCCGGGAUCGCUUCUCAGAAUCGCAACAAGUUAUUUGAAUUUAACUUCAGAAUACAGAGAGGCGUUAAUCCGACACUGCGAGGGUACUUGCGAACUCCUCACAGCACAUCCCUCUGCCAACGGAUUUUUUGGAGCGAAAGGUGUAGCUGGGGGAAUCCCAGCUGCAUAUACACUUAUUGAAAAAUCGUUUUUCAAAGAAGUUGAAAGAAGAGGUUUGGACCAUCGAAUAAAAUUGAGGGAGUACAUUCGUCCUGGUUGGACGUAUCACGCCAAAGGUCUUUGGUACACUCUCCCAAGUCAUAAGAGACCGUGCUUCACUCUCAUUGGAUCCUCCAAUUUCGGUUACAGAUCAGUAAAAAGAGAUCUCGAGUGUCAAAUAGGAUUAGUAACACGGAAUGAAGGUCUCCAGGAAGCUCUUGAAUACGAGCACAAUCGUUUAUUCAAGAAAUCUGAACCAGUUACCACUCAGACAUUCAACCAACGCGAUCGAAUUCCACCCACUUGGGUUUGUGCUGUAGCAACAUUAUUUCGUUAUUGGUUCUGAGUUAAAGAAAUUUUAGCAUUAGACAAUUUAUCAGCUAACAAAAAUAAUAAAAUUCCUCAUGACGAGAGAACAAACGCUAAUUCCAUUAAUAAUCAUCCACAGGUUGCAUUUCAUUUCUUUGUUUUUCCUUUUUAUCCUAAGUAACAUCAAUCCUGUAUCGACGUAGAUUGAUAUAUAAUUUUUUUAUUUGGGCAUCAGAUAUCCGAU